AUCCAAUAAUUGCCUCUCCCAUUAUAACAUUAUGUUUCUUUAAUUAAGUUUGCAAAUGCACACUUCCCUUUUAGGCUGGUAAUCAUGGAGACACAUAUAUAUAGUAUCUCCACUCAUAUUCUUUAAUACAUCUUGUAAAUAUCAACAAGAAAGAGAUCAAAGAAUAGCAUAAAGCUCUUAAAAAAGAAAUGGAUUUGAAGAUUCAAGACGAAAAACAAGCUUCAAAUAUUUUUGUAGCUGAGGAAGUUGAAGUUGAAUUAUCAUCACUCGAAGAUACUUCCUCGAGUGAAACUUCCUCGAAGGAAAAGCAAAAUGACUUCAGUCCAAAACGACCCCAAAAGGCCGAAAAACACUACAUAGGUGUUAGAACAAGGCCAUGGGGAAAAUUUGCAGCAGAAAUUAGGGAUUCAACAAGAAAUGGAAUUAGGGUUUGGCUUGGGACUUUCAAUAGUGCAGAAGAAGCAGCAAUGGCUUAUGACCAAGUUGCUUUGUCAAUGAGAGGUCCAUCAACUUGUCUAAAUUUCCCUGUUGAAAGAGUUAGGAAAAUGUUACAAGAAUCAGAAUGUAAUUUCUUGAAAAAUGGAUUGUCACCAGCAGCAGCCUUAAAGGAGAAACACAAGAAGAGAACUACUGUUUCAAGAAAGAAAGGGAAAAGGAAACAAGUAAAUAAGGAAGAUAAUAUUGUAUUCAUAUUUGAAGAUUUGGGAACUGAUUUAUUGGAUGAACUCUUGUCUGAGUAUUCUAGUUCAAAUUAGCUUAAUUUCCAUCUGUAUGUUUAUCCACUUAAUUCUUCUAUCUUUCCUCCUUGUUCAUGUUUUUUUUUUCUUUCAAUUUACUGCGUCCCUUUUAUCCAGUAAAUUGAUUCAAGAUUCUGUAAAUUCAUUUCCUAGACUAGAACUUCAUAUAAACUUAACCUCUUUUUUCCUCUCUUCCCGUCUCUUCGGGUGUUGCCUUACAAUAACUCAUGACCUGGAAAGUUACGGGUUUGAACCGUGGCGAUAACCUCUUGUAUAAAUAUAAAGUAAAGUUGCGUACAAUACACCCUUGUGGUCAGGCUUUUCUUGAAUCUCGCGUAUAAAGGGAGCUUAGUGCAUAAUCUUUUGCAGAAAUACAAAGUAAAAUUGAGUAUAAUAGAUUUUCCGAACUCUGCCCACCCUGCCGGAUCCUUCCUCUCUUCUCCGAUCUCCAUGU